UGUCAACUGUGGCAUACAAUGUAAACAAUGCAAGAAUGGGCCAGCUGCAGGCAGGCUCCGCUACAAUUACAAACAAUAUCUGUACCCAUGCUGAAUGCUCUAUCUAACUAAGCCGUGUGUUGUGUAUGUCUUGAUUAGUGAUCUUGCUGUGUGAAGUGAAGAUAUUAAGCUUUUUUAAAAGAUUGCUCGUCAUGGAACUACCUAUAAAUAAUAAUUAUGACAGUAAAGAAAACAAAUCUAAAAGUCCAACACAAAUUAGGGAACAGUCUGAUGAAUCAAAUAAAUCACAGAUUUGGAUUGAUUCUACAAACCAAAAUGAAUCUGUUGAUCAGACAACUGAUCAGUCUCACACUCAAAGUGAAAUGGAAACUGAACGGAAUAUAGAAAACAACAGUACACAUGAAUCGUCUGAUAAAACUUCAUCUGAAAUUAAUUCUGUAGUGACAACUUCAGCGCAUGGAAUGGAGCGAGUAUAUACGUUUGUAACAAAUGUAACUGGUGAAGAAAUAGAAAUGGAACAAAAUGAAGCAAGCUAUGAACCAGCACGGAUAAACAGUGCCCCUGAAGACAUCAAUCCUACUAACGUGAUACCUGAAAAGCCUACAACUGAUAUUAGUGCUUCACAUUCAAAUCAAGAUCAGUCUGAAAAUGUAACAUCAGUUAGCAACAAAAUGGUAACAAUACUUGAUAGAACAAACAAUGUACAAACUGCUAGUUCCGUUGAUUGUCAAGUUCCAAUAGCAGUGCCAUCAUGCAGUAACACACAGUUUUUGACCUCAACUUCGCAUGAAAUUGUACAAGAAUCCACAAUUUCUAAAAAUACUCCAGAGGUAGAUACUGAAGUACCAUCGACUUCAGGAUAUAAUAAAAUAUCUUCUGAAUCUGAACCAAAUGAUUUAUUGGUUGAAAUUGGAUCCAAAAAUGCAUUUGAUGCAUUUAACAUACCUGUGGUGAAUAUUUAUGGUGAGGAUAAGGGCCCUAGGUUUUAUAAUGUCUCAGAUAACUUAGUCAGCAAGCCAAUAAUUCCAAAUAUGCUAAGUGAAGCAUUUAGUGUCUUACCUAUUUUCGGGAGACCUAAGAAUAAAUCUCAGUUGCCUGAUUUUCUGGAUGAAAAGAUUAAGGAAUUUGUUGGUUGUGGUUUGGAGAACAGCGAAUUUGAGAGACUUGCUGAGUAUUGUAGCCCUGACAACCUUAGAACUGGUAGGGAGCUGGUUAUGGCCCAUGGUCCAGGACAAGGGAUAUUUCCAUCGGAUGUGGAGAGAUUGAAUAAGAAUACAGGGGACGUUACAACCAACCACGAUCUUAAUAUAGUGAGGAAACACAGGUUGAGAAUGGAGAAGGACACCAAAAACUUGUAUGCCAAGAGGUUCAAGUACCGAGGGAUUCGAAUGAUGUCUCUUGGAAAUGUUGAGGAUGACCACACCCCGGUAGUGACCCUGGGCAUGCCCGUGAUGCCCGGCAAAGACCUUAUUUUUGUCAUCAGAUGGUAUCGGCCCUUUUCUUACAAUCCCAUGGAUAAGAAUCAAUACCGCACCCGUCACUCGGUGUUCAGCUGCAACAUCCUGAUGCUGGGCCGCCACAAGCUGAGCGUGCUGCGGGACAGCUUGGUGUGUCCCAACGACGUCGACUUGAGGGUCGACGUCUCCGAAAACCCGGACGAAAUCCCGCGCUCCACUGCUAAGGAGAUGUUCCCGUCAGGGUUCCUGUUCAUCAACAACGUGUUCUACGUGGACUACCGGCAGGGCUGCGUGGACUACAGCCUGCCGCUGCGGCGCUGGGCGCGCGCGCGCGGCGCCGGCGACUUCCAGAGCCGCGACAUGGCCGUCGUGCGCCUCGACCAGCUCGCCGUCAGGCUGGCGCAUCCCGAGGUGUACGUGCACCAAGGCAACUGUGAGCACUUGUUCACGAUAUCGGAAAUCCGUCUCGUGACGGCGUCGGACCCGCUGCGGCUGUCGUCGUACCCGUGCCACACGGCGCUGUCGCAGAACCAGACCGUGUACUGCACCACGUGCGCUGAAUUCGGGGCCAAGUGGAUCGUCGUCGGCUGUCCCCGAGUCCCGUUCGACCCCGCGUUCUUCUGCGAGAAGUGCUUCAAGUUGUACCUGUACAAAGACGGCAAGAAAAUAGGCGAUUUCAAAGCCUAUCUGUAUAGGGGUAAUGAGAUUAACGUGUUAAAGCCUCAAUGACGAGCCGAUAUGUGGAAAAAUUAUGUGAAUUUCAACAGUGGUGCUGCGCGGAAAGGACUUUAUUUUGACACGCUCACCAUGGUAACCAGAGACUAUGAGCUAGAGUCGCCGAAUGAGACGGAAGAUUUUAUUUAGUGAAAAGCUAGUAUAUGGCUAUAGUGAAAUUAUCACAUAUGUAUAUAAAUCAUGGUUUCUCUUGAAAUAACUUAGGUAUAAGCGCUAAUAUAUUUUAAUAGGGUAGAUGACUAGGUCAGAAAAUUGUAAAUAAUAUGUAUACCCUAGAUAAAAUAUAUAUAUUUACAAACAUUGUGAUUAUUCAUAGACUGUAACAAUGCCGCUGGAUCAUGGUACGUAUAUUGUACCGUAUCGUGAAAAAAAUAAAAUAAAAAUAUACUCGACCAUCAUAAAAUACAAAAAAAAAAUAAACUACUUUUAUUAAGAAGUCAUCACUGUAAACGAACAAUAAAUUGUUCGUUAGUAGCUGACGAACAAAAUUAACUUUUUAUAUUGCUCAAUCGUGGCGUCACGUUAGAGUAUCCUUUUAAAUUUUCAUAUUCAUAAUCUGUGAAACAUGUAGGAUUAAGUUUUACCACCACAUUGUAAAUAAUGUAAACUCAUAUUUUUGCAAAUCAUAUUUUAAUAAAUAAAUAAAUAUAUUAGGACAAAUAACACAGAUUUUCUCUUUGUCGAAAGCUCCAGAAGAAUCAAAUCUACGAGUUUGACAUUGCGAGUCGAAUCAAGUAUAUACCUAUUCAAUUUACUUCUAGCGAACCAUGUAUAAUUUGUUUUAGGAAUCUCGGAUAUCAGGGUGAAUCUUGUAUGUUCAACUCAUCAUCAUUAAACUUAAGAGGUGGGCUACGUCUUGUAUGACAGAUUCUAGUUUCCAUCAAGUCAAAUCAGAUACUUAUUCCCAUGUGUCAAAAACAAAGAAAAAUAAAAAUAU